AUGGGGGAGGGGGACGCGGGGGCGCACGUCCGUCGGGCUCUGGGCUCCGAGCCUGGCGUGCUCGCCCAAAAGUGCAAAGACGCUAACCCACCCAGGUCCCAGAUCUACGGCCCCAAGAUUCUGGGGCUUCUGUUAGCCCCGCCGCCCAGGCUUCAAUCGCUUAUUACUAAUGCAUUCCAUGAUGAAGGAUUUCAGAAAAUCAAAGAAUAUUUUCAGGGACAGCGCCAUGUUCCUCAAAAAUAUAACAGUCUUUUAUUACGCCAUCUUGACAGAUCAAUAAAUAAGGAACUGGAUAAAAAUGAAUUCCAGCAUGUUUCUCUGUUGCUGAAAUGUAUCCAGCGAUUCUUCAUUGAUGGCCUCAAAGAAGAUGAGCCUUUACUGAUUAAGCAGGGUCUGAUCCCAAAGAUGGUUUCCUGGUUUGAAAGAACAGUGGGAUUUCUGAGCAUGGCAGACCUAGCUUCAGACACAUCUCUGAAGAAUGUGACAGAAGAUUUUUUUGACACCGCCUUGACUAUUUCCAGAAGUAGUAGUAAAGGGAAAAUUCAGAUGUUGAAUUCCUUCAUAUUGACCUUGGGAUUUCUAGUGACAGAAGAAGCUGUAAAUCCUUUUAUCCAAAGGGAGGCACUGAAGACCUUGAACGGCAUUCUGCAAGCUGUCCCUCGGGAAGAGAGAAGACGGCUCCUCUUGUUGGAGGGCCCCUGUCGCCUUAUGAAAGACCUUGCAAGGACAAUCUUGACUGUGGGUGAUUAUGACCAGCAGGUGGCUCUCUGUGAAGCGUUGUGUAGACUGACGAUGAGAAAAUCCAGGGAGGACUUUGUCCCUCAGUGGUUUGAAGAUGACACCAUUGCUAAGGCUUUCAAAGAAAUUAACGACCGAGAAUUUGAGACGGAUUGUAGACGGUUUGUCAAUCACCUAAAUGACAGACUUGGUGACCAAAGAAGGGUCUAUUCAUUUCCAUGCAUUGCUGCUUUUGCUGGUGAGCAUGAGAUGCGAAAACCUGCAGAUGAAAAAUUAGAGAAAUUUUGGAUUGAUUUCAACCUAGGGAGUCAGAGUGUAACUUUUUAUAUAAACAAUCCUGAGAGUGAUCUGUGGGACUCAGUAAGACUUUUGAAGGAAGCAGUGAUGAAUUUCAGCAUACUGGAAACUGAGAUGAAGAUGCUCAAAAUUUACCUGAAGAAGCCAAUUAAUAUCCGAAACAAAGAAGUGAUAAAAAUAGAAAUCCAUUUUGAACUGCAAUUCAACAUAUCACAAGCUUCCAUUAAAGCUUUAGGAGAAGACAAACAGGUGAUGCCUGACCAGACAAAAAUCUCAGCCGUUUUUGGUGAAUUAGAGAAAGAAGACCCUGAGAUUCCUAGCAGCCACAAAAUAGAGACAGACGAAGCAAAGGACUCCACGGAGCCAGCAGAGGUAACCAGGGCUGAAGACGACCACCACCUGAUAACUGUCCCCUUAAACAACCAGUCUGAGCCUGCUGUAAUUACUUCAGAACGCGAGUAUUCUAUAGAUUUACAAGAAUCAUCAGCAACAAUUCAGUUUCCUACAUUAAAUGAUGCAUCUAGGAAAGAUUCUGCUUUUGAGGAUAAUAGAAAGCAAGAAACAAGGAUGUCGUUUGAUUAUAGGAAACACCUUUUCUCGGAGAGUAAUCAAGAUUCAAGUAGUGGUGGCAGUGAACUAUCUUGGACCGGUAACCGAAAAAGGAAAUCCUUGAAGUCGUAUCCUAGUAGGAAAAAGACAAGAACCAGGAGAAGCAGCUUAAGAGUCUUGCCUCCAUUCCCUCCUAGCAGUGGCAGCGACCUUGAGAAAGAUCGAGUUAAAAUUCUAACACCCUUAUCGAAGGAUGCCUCCAGGCAAAAUAAUGUCACACCUCCCAAAAUUUCUGGAACCGAAUUUCAGAGUAGUUCUGCCUUUUUAACUCCUGAAGAUUCUGCCCAGAAAACAAAGCUUCACAGCCCCAGCCCACUGAGUGAUCUUUCUUCGCUGGGGCACUCAGAUGUUGAAGAAAAUGUAUCUAAGACUGUGGCCCCAGAGUCAUUGAUGAAAACUACUAGCUUCCAACAUAAACUGCAAAAUAUAGAAGACAGAGACACAGCCGACCGUCACGGCGCUAAGUGGAAACAGCCACGAUUGGAAGACGGUGGUGAACCAGGAGCCCUUUCCUCGGUGGCAGAAGCUGAGUUGGCAGAAGGCAUUUCAACUUCAUCCUUAAACGUUACGCCAGAGAACUUGAAAGGUUCUGUGAUGAUCACUGCUUUUGAAAACUUCACUAGAGAACUGAAAAGAAACUAUGAGCUUAGGUACAGAAGGAGCCCACUUUAUUCCAAAAAUGCAAAGGAAGUACCAGAUUGCCUGAUAGAACUUUUAAACCAGAUACAUCAUCGCAGACUGAAUAAACUAGAACAGUUUCACAGCUUUGUUCUUCAAGAGCUGAGCAAUCUUGACAAGGAUAUCGACGUUCUCCAACACCUUGAAGACGAUGUUCUGGAAUUUUGGGGGAAGCAGUCGGCUGACCUGAAAUCAUUCUGUGAACUGCAGCUGCGGAGCCUGAGCCACGGGAAGGAGAUAAAGCAGCCUCCGGCCACACGGGCAGUGCCUUAGUGCUCUGUGCUCAUUC